CUUAGCGUAUUGCUGCAGCCGUACCUUUAACGCGACGGAGCGAUCACAGACGACACGCGUCGAUUGUAUACACGAGCUAACGUUACAGAGAGGUCAGUCACUGUCCGUCCCUCACAAGGCUAGCUACCCUCUCACGAGUCUCGACAUACCGAUACCCUGAUACAACAUGGCGACUGGCGUCCCCGUACAAGGCCACAGUGUCCGCAGCCCCUCUAUAUGUGUUGCUCUUUACUUUCAGGUUAACUGACAGCUGACAGUCCUAACCACAACCAUGGAGUAAUCGGCUAGACAACAGUUACUACACGCCCAUGGAUGGCCCUCGAACAGUGUUAUCUACUCGACAGAAACUGCUUUACGUCCCCUGAUCAACAGUUUCGUAAUGCAUAAGGCUGAUAGUUGACAGGUCAGUUUCUACACCAUUUUUGGAUCGCUAAGCUGUUUGAGUGUUCUGUGCAAAGUCUGUAUAAAAUGAAUAGCACAUUGUUCCCCAGCAUAAGGGAACCGGAAACGCUUCCUACUAUAGACACCACAAGUGGUGCCCCACCUAUGCUUUCUAACACUCCCGAGGAAGAGAUGGUACGUGGGAUUUGGAUGGCGUGGUAUGAAUGUAACGUCACCGUUUUAUCACAACCCUAUCCUACGGACGGUGGUCUGUACUGUAACUCUACAUUUGAUGGCUGGGAUUGUUGGAAUUACACUUCAGCAGGAACUCGGAUUUAUCAUGAUUGUCCAACCUUUCUCCGACACAAGUACGGCCUUCCUUCAGGCCCAGCGUUCAAAGAUUGUCGUGUUGACGGGACGUGGCUGACCCACCCUGACACUGGCCGGACGUGGACGAACUAUACACCAUGUGCCAGCAACAAGGAGACACUUCAAAGAGUCAUCAGUAUAUACUACAGUGGAUACGCUGUCUCCAUCAUCCUCUCCAUCGCAGCUAUCCUCAUCUUUUCCUACUUCCGACAGCUCCACUGUAGCCGGGUGACUCUACACAAGCAUCUUUUCAUCACAUAUGUCCUGUCCGGGGCGGCCUGGAUCCUGAUGUUUGCCCUGAUGGACAUGCCUGACAUGGUCAAAGAAAACAAGCCAUGGUGCCAGGCGCUGCACGUGUUGACCCAGUACCUGACGCUGUGUAACUACUUCUGGAUGUUCUGUGAGGGUUUCUACCUUCACGCACUCAUCGUCUUCGCCUUCACAAGUGACAAGCGCCUCCUCGUAAUCUGUUACGUCAUCGGCUGGGUCGGUCCACUGAUCCCCACUACAGUGUAUGCGGCAGUCCGAGGGUCAAAGCCGGAACUACGUCACGGGUGCUGGUCCAGUACUACAGACGAAAACUGGAUUCUCACUGGGCCCGUCGUGUUAUCUUUACUGGUCAAUUUUCUGUUUCUACUUAAUAUUUUACGGAUUCUGCUGUCCAAGCUGCGGGCAGUAAAUUCUAACGAAGCGCAUCAGUCUAGUAUCCUAAUACCGUUGCUGGGCCUACAGUACUUUGUGAUCCCAUUUCAGCCAGACACUCCGUCGCCUAUCUAUGACAUCAUAUCCGCUGUGCUUACGUCAUAUCAGGGCGUACUUGUCGCACUAUUUUUCUGUUUCUGUAAUGGGGAAGUUAUAAACGUCGUUCGGCGGAAGUGGAAAUUAAUGAGGGAGAGACUAGGCAGCGUGGACAUGAAGCGAAGUAAUACAUUUAACGUGAGUCUAUUGGAGACGACCUAUGUACCGAGGGCAACUUCUGGAAAUGGUUCUUUUAACCGAAAAUCAGAGGAAGGAUCAUCAUCUGCGAAGGAUUGUGAUGAUAUGUGCCGGACUGAUCCAUUUGCAAUGCCUUACACACCGGUGGAGCGAAACGACCUUGACAGCGGUGAAGUGUGAUUGAUCAUGACUGAACGUCAGUUAAAGAGCAUAUAAGCUGCCGGAAGACCAAUUUAAGACAUUAUUGCUAAACAUAUGUUGACUGUGUAAUUGUCAAUUUGAGAUAUGAUACAACAGAAAGAUGAUUUUAUUGUUUAAUACCUCUGUUGUACCGAGGUGUAAAAAAAACACACCCUUAAGCAAUUUUACCAUUUAUGUAUGAUAUCGACGUAUAAAUAUCACUUGUCUUUAACGCAUUGUUAUAAUUAUUAUGUAUGUAUGAGAGUUGGACGUCUGGCUUUUUAAUAAUAUGUGUAUAAGAUAUCGAUGUACGAAUGUCAUGUGCGUAAAAGGGAAUGUUAUGUCAUGACCAUUUGAGGGUUGGAUGUCUCGCUUUUUACUAAUGUGUAUAUGAGAUAUUGACGUAUGAAUAUGAUGAUGUUCCGUCUUUGCGUAUUGCAGAGUUAUCUUAUAUUGGGAGCAGGUAUUGAUUGUUACGUCAUUGGU